AUGAAGUUGGACGACGCGAUCGCACAAUGCCACAAUGCCGGCUCGCUCAAUCCUAGCGACCCACGUCGUGCCGUGCAUAUCAACAAGCUUGCUGAUGCGAUCUACACUCGCUUCAAUCAGUUUAGAAUGGUUGAAGAUUUGGAGGAAGCAAUUGCAUGCUACCGCGAGGGACUCACCCCCCUUUCCCUUGAUCACCCACAACGUUCGAAUUACCUCAAUAAACUCGCCAAUGCUCUUCUUGUUCGCUUCAAGCAGUUGGGGAGGGUGGAGGAUAUGGAAGAAGCGAUUACGCACUAUCAGGAAGCCCUCACUCUUCGUCCUCUUCCCCACCCCGAUCGUUCCAUGUCCUUAAACAACCUCGCCGUUGCUAUCUACACUCGCUUCGAGCGAUUCGGAAGAGUGGAGGAUCUGGAAGAAGCAAUCACGUACUUUCGUGAGGCACUCGCUCUCCGCCCUCCUGGUCACCCAGCUCGUCCUGAUUCCUUCGGCAAGCUCACCACUGCAAUUAUGACACGCUUCCGCCAGCUUGGCAAGGUAGAGGAUUUAGAUGAGGUGAUCACAUAUUCCAGAGAGACACUCUCACUGCUUCCCAUUGGUAACCCAUCUCGUUGGAGCACUCACAACACCCUUGCCUCUGCGAGUUAUGUUCGCUUCAAUCGCUUGGGUAUGAUAGAAGACCUGGAAGGUGCAAUCGCGCAGCACCGGGAAGCACUCGCACUCCUCCCUCCUGGUCACCCACUUUAUUUUGGGACCCUCAGCAACCUUGCCAUUGUUAUUUUGGAACGUUUCAACAAGUUGGGAAGGAUGGAGGACCUGGAAGAGGCGAUCUUGCACCAUCGGGAAGCACUUGCUCUCAUUCCUCUUGAUCACGACCAUCCACAACGUUCCCUCAAUAACCUUGCCACUGCCAUUGUCAUUCGCUUUAACAAACUGGGUAGGCCGGAGGAUUUGGAAGAGGGUAUCACACACCACCGGGAAGCACUCCUUCUCCGCCCUACUGGCCACCCAGCUCGUUUGAACUCCCUUGUGAAUCUUGCUGCUGCGCUUUGGAUUCGCUUCAGCCAGCUGGGAAAGAUCGAGGAUUUGGAUGAGGUUGUUCUAUAUCAGCGGGAAGCGCUCACUCUCAUCCCCGUUGACCACCCGGCACGUCCUAGUUCCCUGAGCGACGUCUCCAAUACUAUCCACACUCGCUUCAAGCUGUUGAAUAGAUUGGAGGAUCUAGAAGAGUCAAUCUCAUACUUUCGCGAGGCACUCACUCUCUGCCCUCCUGAUCACCCAAGUCGCCCUAGUUCCCUCAAUAACUUUGCCACCGCCAUGGUCGCUCGCUUCAACAAACUGUGUAGGCUGGAGGAUUUGGAGGAGGGUAUCACAUUCCACCGGGAAGCACUCCUUCUCCGGCCUCUUGGACACCCAGACCGUUUCAACACCAUUCUCAACCUUGCCGCUGCGCUUUGGAUUCGCUUCAACCGGCUUGGAAAGAUUGAAGAUGUGGAUGGAGUGGUCACACAUCAGCUCGAAGCACUUUCUCUCCUUCCUCUUGACCACCCACGACGUCCAAGUUCUCUGAGCGAUCUUGCCAGCGCUAUAGACGCUCGCUCCAAGCUGUUGGGCAGAUUGGGGGAUUUGGAAGAGUCAAUCAGAUACUUUCGUGAGGCACUUGAUCAAUCCCCGCCUGGCCACCCAAUUCGCCCUAGUUCACUCAAUAACCUCGCCAUGGGCAUUAUCGUCCGUUUCAACCAGCUGGGAAAAGCAGAGGACCUGGAACAGGGAAUCAUAUACCACAAGGAAGCACUGGCUCUGCGCCCUCCCGGACACCCUGCUCGUUUAAACUCCCUCGUGAACAUCGCUGCUGCUGUUUGGCUUCGCUUCAGCCGGCUUGGAAACAACGAAGAUGCGGAGGAGGUGAUCAUAUACUACAGGGAAGCACUCACCCUCGUCCCGGUCGACCACCCACAACGCCCAAGUCUCCUAAGCAGUUUCGCCGCUGCCGUUCAUGCUCGCUUCACGCAGCAACAGGGCAGGAUGGAGGAUCUGGAAGAGGCACUGACACUCCAUCGCGAAGCACUCGCUCUCCGUCCUCAUGGCCACCCAGACUACGCCAACUCCGUCCACAAUGUUGCUAACACUGUUUACACGCGCUUUCAUCAACUGGGCAAAAUGGAGGAUCUGGAAGAAGCGAUCACUUACAACCGUGAAGCACUCGCCCUCCGUCCUCUUGGUCACCCGGAUUACUCCAAGUCCCUCACCAGCCUUGGUAAUGUUCUGUCCACUCGUUUCCAACAGUUAGGCAACAUAGAGGACCUUGAAAGCGGAAUAACCUACUACCGCGAAGUGCUCCGUCUCGGUCCUGUUGGGUUUUUAGAUCAUUCCGGUGCACUGAACAACCUUGGUAAUGCUCUUCAUGCUCGCUUUUGUCAAUUGGGCAGGGUGGAGGAUUUAGAGGAAGAAAUCACACUCCACCGUGAAGCACUCGCUCUCUUCCCUUUGGACCAUCCAAUUCGUGCCAACUCCCUUGGAACUCUCGGAAACGCACUUCUGGCACGUUUUAACCUAUCAGGCGGUGUGGAGGAUAUGAAAGAGGCGAUCGCCUUGUAUGAAGAAGCUGUCGCCCUCCUUCCUCAUGACCACCCAGAUGUUUCCGAUUUCUUCGGCAACAUUGCUAGGAUUGCUUGCAUUUUCUUCCACGUGCUGGGUGAUACAGAGAGUGUAGAAAAGGGGAUUGACGGAUUUCGAGAAGCACUCGCUUCCUGCCCUCGCGAUCACCCACGAUAUUGCGGUUUCCUCGGCAACCUUGGUGACGCUAUUUUUACUCGGUUUGAGCACUCAGGCAACCUGGAGGAUUUGGAAGAAGCCUUCGUGCUUCACGAUCAGGCAGCCAACCAUCCAACUGCAAGUUCAAAGGAUCGUCUUGCCAUCGCCAUAAAGUGGGCCUAUAAGGCCCGAUUCUAUCACCAUAGCUCUGCAAUACACGCCUAUUCAACGACAUUCCAUCUUCUUGAUCGUUGUUUGAUUUCACACCCUGAUAUUGAAUCACAGCAAAAGUUCCUUGCCACCACCCACUUGUCCAAGACACUUGCCUUUGACGCUGCCUCGGCCGCGAUUGAGGCGCAACAGGUCGAGACAGCAGUUGAGUUUCUUGAGCGGGGCAGGGCCCUACUGUGGUCUAAGAUGAAUGGAUAUAGACGUCCCCUUGAUGCACUUCGACUGGUCGACGUGGAUCUAGCGGACCGCCUUCUAGCGUUAAACACCCAGCUUGAGCGUCUUGUGUUACCCUCCGAGUUUGAGGCGCCCAACGGACCCUUGACUUCCUCGGAAUUCAAAUUGCAGAGAAUUCGCAUCCUAUCGGAAGAAUGGGAGGAGGUCAUCAAAAGAAUUCGAGAAGUUGAGGGUUUCGGCGACUUUCUACAAAGUGUUCCAUUCACCACUCUUCAAGCAGCUGCAGCGGAGGGACCGGUCAUUAUAGUAAAUGUCAGCCGGUUUCGUUCUGACGCCAUCAUCCUUCACAUCAGCCAUCCCCCCAUUCUCGUUCCCCUUCCUGACGUACAGCUUGAGGACAUCGCUUCUCUAGUUGAUCAACUUACCUCCGCAAGAUUUAGUGCUAUCGCUGACCCCUCAAAACGUAUUGCUCCAAUCUUGCGCGAUCUAUGGAACAAUGUUGUUUCGCCUGUGGUUGACCGGCUAGCUAAGUUGGGGGUCCCAGAGAAGAGUCGACUCUGGUGGUGUCCAACCUCCGUGCUGUGCGGUCUACCCCUUCAUGCAUCAGGUCCAUAUCGACGGAACCAAAGAAACCUCCCAGACAUCUACACGUCGUCAUAUAUACCAACUAUAUCUGCAUUGAUUAGGGCGAGAUCCAAUGCGAUUGGCAGUUCUGCUGAACUUGUCCCUAAGUUACUCGUCAUUGGUCAACCUGGCGAAUCACUGCCCAGUGUUCAGGAGGAAAUCGAUGGUAUACAACAACUUGGCGACUUCGUGACCGUCCGAAUGGGUGAGCAUGCGGAUCGUGACACAGUUCUUGAUGGUCUCAAGCAACAUUCUUGGGUUCAUUUCGCCUGUCAUGGCCAUUUGGGACCUAAUGACCAACCAUUCCAUGCUUCGUUUGAACUUCAUGGUGGUAGUCGUCUCACUUUGCUCGACUUGAUCCAGGCCAGGCUCCCAAAUGCCGAAUUUGCAUUUCUAUCCGCGUGUCAUAGUGCGACAGGAGAAGAUCUCGACACACCAGACGAGGCUAUCCAUCUAGCGGCGGCUUUGCAGUUUUGUGGGUUCAGAAGCGUGAUAGGAACUUUGUGGGCAAUGGGCGACGAAGACGGACCAACGAUUUCAAAGGAAUUCUACAAUCAUAUCUUCCGCCAUCAAGGAAGGAAGGUAGACUUCAGGGAUUCCGCAGAAGCUCUUAACCUGGCUGUCAAAGCAAUGAGGAAACGAGGUGUACCUUUGGAACGUUGGAUCAUGUUCGUCCAUAUUGGUGCUUAA